AUGAUUCUCAAAAAUCUUUUUUUUAUUUUUGUUCUUUUAAGCAUCAUAGUACAUUUCAAUAAAAAAUAUCAAUGUUCUUCUGAUUAUGCUCAACCAAAUCCUUUUGCACAACCUGAAGAUGAAGAACAAGAGUCAUCACCAUCACCAACCGUAUUAGAAAGGGAAGCUCCUGAAGCAAAAGCUGAUGAUGGUAAUGUUAAUGGCGGAAAUGUAGGAGGUAAUGAUAAUUAUGGUUCCUUUUUCGGAAAUGAUGAUGGUGAUGAUGAUGAUGAUGAUGAUGAUAAUGAUGAAGAUAUUAAUGAAACAGUGGAUGAUGAUCUUGACAAUGAUGAUGAUGAACUUCUCGGUGAUGAUGAUGAAGAUGAUGACGAAAAUCCCAAAAAAAAAAAGGGAAAUGAUGAUGAUAAUGAAAGCGAAAAUUAG